CCGGCAGAAGAUGGCGCCUCUCCGCUGUAGGCGAGACCCCUGCGGCGUUAUCUGUCUCCUUUUAACUUAUUUCAGCGUGUUUUACGCGGACUACGUGGUCAUACAGUAUGUCCUCCUCCCCGCCUACUCGGACAGUGUGUGGUGUACUCUCCACGGGUCGGUCUUUAACCUGAUUCUGCUGCUGCUGCUGGCCUGUCACGCUAAAGCCGUCUUCUCAGACCCCGGCAUGGUGCCUCUUCCCGACACAGCUAUAGACUUCUCAGAACUUCGAUCGCAGUCGUCUCGGAUGAACGAGCGAGGCUGUGAAGGUUGGACCGUGUGCAGUCGAUGCGAGACCUACAGACCUCCCAGAGCGCACCACUGCCGCGUCUGUCAGAGGUGUAUACGCCGCAUGGACCAUCACUGUCCCUGGAUCAACAACUGUGUCGGAGAGUUGAACCAGAAGUAUUUCAUCCAGUUUCUCUUCUACACCGGGAUGGCCAGUCUGUACUCGUUGGUGUUGGUGGUGUCGGCCUGGGUGUGGAGGAUAAGAAGCGAGAGAGAAGGAGAAGCGGAGAAAGAAGGAGAGGAGACGCCCAGCAAACACCUGAUAGUUGCUCACUACAUCAUCCUGCUGGUGGAGUCGGUGUUGUUUGGCGUGUUUGUCAUGGUCAUCUUCUACGAUCAGUUGGUCUCCAUCAUCACAGACGAGACGCCCAUAGAGCAGAUGAGAAACAGGCUGAUGAUCAAGGACCGAGGCUCUUCAUCUUCCUCCUUGGCCUCCACCUCCUCCUCCUCCACCUCUCAGCUGCCUCACCCUCCCCCACACACCCGCAAGCCGAAGCUGGCUCUGCUGCGGGAGGUUUUUGGAAGAGGGUCGGUCUUUUGUUGGCUCCUUCCUCUCCACUCCAGCCCUCCGUCAGUCGGCGGCAUCAUCUACUCGGCCCUGCCGGACUACGAUGUCUGACCUGUUUUGGAGAGUCAGGUUUUUGUGUGUGUGUGUGUGUGAGAGAGAGAGAGAGAGAGAGAGAGAGAGGGGGCACAUUUUCUGCCUAACUUUGAUGUCUUAUCUUUGGACCUGAGAGGUGAAGAGUAAAGGCGACUACUGGGAUGAAUGAAGAGUGUGAGUGUGUGCUACUACAUGAAUGCAUAAAUGAAUGAAUGAUGCUCUGUUUGUGCGGCUUUAGUCCCAAGGUCAUGAAAAGUUCAGCCUCAACUUUUUUUUUUAUAUUCCAAAUCACAAAAUCACAACAUUUAAUUUAAUUUAUUUUUUUCCAAAAUUAGAAGUUAGCAUCCUGUGAUUUCAAACAACCAAAUGAGAAUAAUAUUAUGAAAGAGGAACAAAUUAAUUUUUGCAGGUUUGAUAAAAUGCCUUGGGGUUGAAAAGCAAACAAAAAUUGAAGAUUGUCCACAAUGAGAUUAUUUUUUUGUGUGUUUUAUCCUGUGUGUAUCUUGAACUACAAAAAUACUUGACAAGUUAACUAAAUUUACGGCAUUACACGUUCAGAUUUAAACUGUUACCACACACACACACACACACACACACACACACGUUUACUUGUGUUUAUGAGGACAUUAACGACUUACUUUAAUUUCCUGGUCUCUUACUCGAAUCCUAAACAUCAACCAUCUUCUUGGUUUUCACUAACCUUAACUACUGACCCAAUAAAUGACUUCUUCAUUUGAAGUAACCGCUUAAGUCCCAGACUGGAAAGGCGGGAAAGUCUGACGUGUCCUCAUAAGGAGACUUUAUCAGAAACAUACACACAUGCACACGGUACAUACAACACGGGGACAAUGGGAGAAAAAUGACACAAGGUUUUUUUUCUGUCAUUCUUUUGUAUUUAUUUAUUUUCUGAAGUAAUAAAUGUGUUCAUUUAUUCCCCAUGAAAUCACACACACACACACACACACACACACCAGGAUAGUAGAUCUCAGUGUUCUGCUUAAUCUCAGUGAAGGGACGAUUCCUAACUUAUUUAUCGUUUUUCUAACUAUUCCGUGGAGUUCACUCUACCAAAAAACUGUAUUUCUGUGUGAGGGGUGAGGCUGCCUAUCCAUUCUGUUUUGAGUUUCAAUUUACUUCUGGCGUAGGUGGAAAAAAAAUGAAGUGGAGAAAUUAACAGAUGAAGUUACAUAAGGUUUAAACUUAACCUACCUACUUAUACCAACCCCUCUUCUCUUGUUUGGUUAAAUCACCCAAAGUAAGCUUACCAUUUACUACCUCAAAUUCCCAGAACAAAAAGUUAAAGACGCUUAGAUUGCACUACAUUUUUUUUUUUGCUUUCCUAUAGUUGGACAAGCAUUCGUGGAAAAUGGUAGAGCUUAACCUGGGGCGCCGGUAGCCUAGUGGUUAAUUCCCAUGCCCCAUGUACAGAGGCUGUAGUCCUCGAAAGCACACGGUCCGGGUUCAAAUCCGACCUGUGGCUCCUUUCUCUCCCCAGUUUCCGACUCUUUCCACUUUCCCUCCAAUAUAGGAAUAAAAAGCCCAAAAAUAAAUCUUUAAAAAAAACAUUCUUAACUGGAAGUAGCUCAAAUCCAAUCAAAAAGUCACAAGAUUGGGGUACAUCAGGUCACACAGGUUCGUCAGGUCAAGCAGCAACAGGAAAAGUGUGCGAUCAUGAAACACUGAAUUCAAUUGUUACUUCAUGGUUGACAUCUCACUAUGAAUUGAAAAGUCGCAGAGUAACCACUGACACUAAGGCAACUUCACCCUUACUUGUGUUUUUAUGUUUGUAUAUAUGGUUAUUAUGAAUUUUAAUUGCGCGUUUGACCUCGGCCGCACGUGAGUUUCAGAUACAGAAGGGAACAUACUAACAAGUGCUUCAGUUUAUUUAGGGAACUGAUUCUAACAGUAAAGUAUUAACAGCAAUCCUCUGAUGUUUCAAACUGAGAACAACGACCAGUUGAGAGAUUAUUUCACUUGUUUCCUCUAAGACCUGUUUCUUGAAUUAAGUGACUUAAAUCACAUGAAGUGGUUUGCCUUUUUAUUAUAUGUUACAAUUAAAAUCAAGUUACUGACAUUACUGAACAAUUAUUUAUGAAAUUCUUAUUUAAAUCCUGUUGAACAGCAAAGUUAAAUGUAUCUUCUAGUCUUUUAACAAAGAGAAUGAAAACCUUGGAGGGUUGGAGUGUUGGCAGUGGCCAUGCAACGGUUUGUAAUUUGUAUUCACACUAUGAGCUUUGAGGCUGAUAUUUUGUUUAAUAUUUUAUAAGAAUGUUCUCCAUUGCUGGAUUCAAGUCUUCCUCAGUACAGCAUUGGGGCGUGGCUACUCUGUUUGAUCUGUGGCUACCACCGCAAACUCUCUAUCAGGAUAGUGGACUAGCAUUGCCUCUUUCCCUUCUCGUCCAAAUAUGGUCACUUUUGGCCCCAAAUACACAAGAAGAAAACGGCCAAGAUGCAAAAUUCUAGCUUCCUAAAAUGGUGGUCCACUUACAAAUGUGUGACGUCCCAUUGGCUCGGUCCACUUCUCAUGAACAGUCAUGCAUGUAAGGCAUGCAACUGAAAUUACAUUCUAAAAAAAUGCUGAUUUCUGAAAUUCUUUACCAGAGUUUACCAGCAGGGACACCAGGGGCCCGUUUCAGAAAGCAGGUUUAGUGCAAACACUGAGUCUGUUAAAUCCUGAAUUGAGGGAAACUCUGGGUUUCCCGUUUCAGAAAGAGAGGUCACUCAAGCCAAGGUGAAUCUUAGUAUCGGGGCUCCAUUAAUGUUGGCUUUUCAUAGUCAUGAUGCACUCUGGAGUGAUCCUCCUCAGAUUUGAUUUAAUAAACUUAAAUCAGCUGUUCUGGUACCGGAAACUCAGAGUUUCCCUCCUUAAGUUAAAUCGACUCAGAGCUCGGUGUUACACUGAGAGGCUGUUGAACCUUCUUUCUGAAAACGGACCCCAGGAAGCAUUGAUUUUGUUUGGACAGGUAACAAGCAGCAUAGUUAAUCGCUUGCUCAUGGGUCAUCUGGUUAUUUUACAAAUGGUAAAGCUCAUGGUGUGACAAUGAAGGAACCAUCCUCCAAAGUAGUAGCUGCCUUAUUUCUGUUUUAAUGUCUGAAACUAUAAAAGGGGAUGGAAGCUCGAAAGCGUGAUCAGUGUGUUCUCAUAACCAACGCUAAUUUGUAUCCAGACACUACUUUUUCAGGCAGGUACACUUACAAAGCAUCCUUGCCCAGGUUUGGUGUUGUUAGCUGUUUAUAGGACGGUUCAACUUUUCUAACAACUACGUGCAAUUCUAAUGAAGGGAACGUUACUGAAACUCAGAGCAUUUUUUGUGUGUUUUCUAUGAAGAUCUGGGUAAAAACAAAAACAAGGUUUGAAAUGUUUUUUUUCUGAAUCGUAUGGUGCAAAAGAUUCUUUGUCACCUUGAAUUAGACUUUUAUUGGUCAAAGUUCAACAAAGAAAGAGACGAUUUGUUUCUCUUGCCUCGUCUGUCGAAUCUGAAAAACUUCCAUCAUCACUCCAAUCGACUCCAAAUCAAGUGCACCUGUACCUUGUUGAGCACCUGAAAACAUUUGAAACUGUAAAUAUUUUUUCCAGAUUUGUGUUAACUAUUCAGGGUACUGGCUUGCUUGUUUGACUCUGUUGAAAAUGCAGUUGAUCUGUUGUUUUGUUUUGUUUUUUUCAAUGUAUCAAUGUUGAACAACUGGGUGCUCUUGUUUUGGUUCAUCCAUAUUGAUUUGUCGGACUAAUUUGGUAAAAAUCCAGCAAAAAUGACUCUUGUUGACUGAAACAAAGCAAGUGCACCCUAUUUGCUGUUUUACUUGACAGCGGGAAGGAUUGUGUGUAGAAAAAACGGGGGCCUGAAAUGAACACUUAACCACCAGCCAAACAAUUCAGUUCUGCAAUCCAAAAACUGUACAUUUGAUUGACGUCAAAAAUGGGCAAACAAAGAAUAAGUAUUGAUGUUCCAAAGAGGUAGCUUAUUACUCUUUACUGUUGAAAAGUUAGUAUUUUAAAAAGUUACUCGUCCGUGCCCGAGAAAUGGAUUCAGCUGGUAAAACCAUGUAUUUGUUGGCUGGUCGAUUAAAAAAGAGUUGGCUUCAUGCCCUUUAAAGCAAAACCAAUAAAGAGUUCAAUAUCAUGUUGCUUCAUGAUGAACAAGUUUACAACUGACUGAUGUUUAAUUUUAUUGUUACUAUCUUGAAACCGUGACCUGUGUAUUAUUCCUAAUGACAUGCUGCUCUGCUCGUUCAACUGGAAGUAAAAACAGAUGUCUUUUAAUCUG